AUGGAUGAGGACAGAUCAACUUUUGUUGUUCAUGAAGCAUACGAAAAAACGUUUUGUGAGGAAGAUCUUCAGACAUUGAUAAGUUUUUACUGUAAAUUUUUUGCCCAGAAACGUGCGGAGCACUUCAUCGAUAAAACAGUGUAUACAGAAUUCCUUUCAACUGCCCUUUCUUACGGGUUUUUAUCAGAGGCCAAGAAAUAUUAUACUGAAGAAAACGAAAAACAUGGAUUUAAAAUACCAUUUCACAAAAUCCUGGGAACAUGUAAUAAUUAUAGUGGACAGACAGAAAAUAAGGAUCUUUUUUCGGCCCUUGUCCAAAUCAGUAAGCAGCAAAGGUCACUUGGUCUUGCAGUUUGGAAUAGAGAGUUCGUCUACGCAUUUGAUAACAUUUCAGGACAGGACAGCGAAAGAAUGAGAAUUAGGCGUCUGUGGUGUGUGCUGCGAUUCCGCAAAGUGCCCAGGAACAAUUUGCCGCUUUGUGCUGGGCGAUUACCAUUUGUGAAAUACGUCAUUCGAGGGGCAUCGCGAAAAGUUCAGCUGCAACUAAAUGAUUCAUCCAGGACUAACAUGAUCGCUCUUUCCCCAUAUUAUGCUUCCGUCUUUCACACUGGAUUUCAGCGGUUAAUGCAGGAUUCGGGAGCACAUGACCUGAUUGUGAAGUCCGCAGUCGAUUUUAUGUUUGCCUUAGCAGAAGGAGAUUACCAACAAGAAAGCUGUAGAACAGGCCAAAUUCGAAGUGGUGUUCAAGCCAGAAAUCUUGGGUUGUUUUACGCAAUUGAAAUUCUUAUUUACUGUGUUGCUCAUUCAAUGGUUAAGGAAGGAAAAGAUUUGAUUCAGGCUGUUGCCUCUCUGCCCGCAUUAGCUCUUGAACAACAAUAUACCACAUUGUUACGUGCCUACAAAGCCUUAUUAAACUACGUCCAUUGGCGGCAGAAUAAUGAGAUGUCGCAAGAAGAAUUAACUUCAGUUUAUGAGGAUUUGGAAGCUGCAGUGAACCAAGUGCCUAGUGGGGAAGAAAACGUUUUUUUAAGCGCUUUAAUCCAUUUCCUAACUUCCUUGAAUAGUCCGGAACUGUUGUAUGAUGUGGCGGUCAAAUGCUGUACUCGUACCCCUUUAUUGCUUGGACACUGCUGUCACUCUUUGGCAGCAGCGGGUAACGAGAAGGUGGCCGAGAAAUUACUAGAGGCAACUUCUUUCCCUUCAAAUUCAAGCGAGUCGGAUCAAAUACGACUGGAUUGGCUGCAAGAACGUCUCCUGCAUCCACAACAACAUGACCUUCCUGAAAAUUUCAUUUUAGAAGCUAGUGAUUUGCUGUGCAAGUUCUUGGACUUUGGGGAGAACAGGAACGACCAACGUGCUUGGGGUUUUUUGUGGACUUGUGUGAAACGUAUCAGCGACAGGAAGUUCCUUUCUUACCUUUGGGACGACAGAAAGUCUUGGUGGCCGAAAUUCCAUUCAAUCCCAAUAAGUAUUGACUCGGCACGCUACAGAGAACAAGUAUUAGAUUUAUUCUCCAAAUUAAGUCCUGUAUAG